AUGAAAUGUCAUCGACAAUAUGUUUGCUUGCUUUUGCAAGUAAUUUUUUUUAUCACAAAUUGUCUCGCGAAAAAUUUAAUACUUAACAUAAAUGUCAAGAAACCGAUUGCAGUAACUGAUCACGCAUUUCUCAGUUUCACUCUGGAUCCAGCAACGUUGCAGUACAAUGACUUUAUCAAAAAUAUCGAGAAAAGCAUGAAUUUGGCGCGAGGUUUGGCACCUGCUUAUAUUCGCCUUGGAGGACCACAAAGCAAUUUUUACAAUUUUGGACAAGUAUAUUCGCACGAGAUUAAUACGGAUCAAAAUGACAUGCAUUUUGGAACGCAAUGGACAGUUAUUUAUCAAUGGGCAAAGAACACCGGAUUAGAUGUAAUCGCGUGCAUCACUCCUCACUAUAUUGACAAAGAAUUUAAAACGGAUUCCACGGAUCCUAGGAACAUAGCAGAACUUCUCUCUUUCAGCGAUCGUAUGGGUUACAACAUGAGUUGGCAAUUGGGCUAUGAAUGCCAAACGAGAUGCGACUUAUCUGGCAAAGAACUAGGGCGAUACGUCGUCAACUUCCACGAAAUACUGAAAACUUUCCCAAGAUAUUCCAAUAGUUUAAUCACGGGACCAGACAUUGUAACAUAUAAAACGGCGUAUCAACAGAAAUACCUUCAGGAUUAUUUACAUUCGGCAAGUGCUGCGCUUUCUGCGAUUACAUGGCAUCCCAAUUUAGAUAUCGUUUCUUUAAACAAUAACAGCGUUUCCAUACAUUAUGAUAACAUGAUUGCCGAAAAGAAUGAGUUGUUUGAAAUAAUCAAUAGCGCAGAAAAAAAACCAUUAUGGAUUGUAGGCCGUGAAGUUUUGGAGAUAAAGCUUCAAUCCAACAAUGAAAAUUACGUGCAGUUUUAUAGUCAUUGCACAAAGCCUUCAGCGCUGUACAGCAAAGGAGCUGUUACGAUUUUCGGUACAAAUUUAACACCGAAGACAGUAACUAUUAGUUUAAAAGGUCUUAAAAUAAAAAUUCUUCACAAGUAUAUUUUAUUACCAGAGUUUGAAACUACCAAUAAAAUAUUUUCAAAGAAAGUUUUAUUAAAUAAUAAACCACUUAAUUUAAUAAAUGACAAACACUUGCCUAAUAUCUAUCCAGAAAUUAUUAUCAAUCCUGAUGGCCUUGAAUUAGAACUGCCUUCUGGUGGUAUAGGUUUCUGGAUUAUACCCAGUGCAAAGGUAAAAGCUUGCACUUGCUCUGAAGAGGAAAUAAUCGAGAACAAUACAGUGAAGAAAUUAUCGAAACGGCAUGAAAAUAGUAUCCAACAACCCAAUCACGAAGAAGAAGAUAUAAAUCAAUCAAAUUUAAAAAAUAAAAAGGUUUAUGAUAAACAAGAUAACAAAAAACAAGAAAAUAUAAAAAAUAUAAAAAAUGAAAGUCAGCAGAAAGUCUGGAGUUCUAAAUUACUUGAAAGAAUAAAAAAAUUUUUACAAAAAAAACUACAAAAGACAGAUAAAAAUGAAUCCUCCCAAAGAUCAUUCACAAUUAAUUUGGGAAAACAAGAAAAUUUAUCUGAGGAAGAACAACAAAAUUUAGAUAAAAAAAAUUUAAAAAGAACGGAAAUUGAUGACAAAUUUAAGAACAUUCAAGAUUUAUUAAAAAAGUAUAAAAGGAUUUUACUAGAGAAGAAGACCGUAAUGGAAACCAGAAAUAUUCAACAUUUCAAAUUAGAAAUCGAAAAUAUUGAUAAUGUUGUGACAUUAAUAUCAAAAAUUGAUGCUUUUAUCCUUUAUAAAAUUACUUCAAAGGAGCCAGUUACGAGCGAAAUUGAAGACAAAACAAAAAAUGAAAGAGAAGAAGAGUCAGUAAUUAAAAUAAAUAAAAAAUUAAAAGAAUAUUUAAGCGAAUUAGAAAACUCAGUUGAAAUAAAGACAAAUAUAAUAAUAAAAAUAAAAAAAUAUUUCAGUAAACUUUAUAAUUUAUUAGAAUAUAACGACUCAACAAACGACAAUACAAAUAAUCAAGUCCAUGGAGAUUUAAUGGAGCAAGAAAAAUUUAGAAGACAUUUGGAUACAAAAUCAGAAAAUUCUCAAAAAAAUAAUAUACUUGAAAAACGCUCACGAAUAAAUAACUUAAAAGAUUAUGCGAUUAAACAGAAGUUACAGAAGAUAAAACAGAAAAAUGAUGAUAAUAUUGAUAAUUUAAAAAGGAAUUUUAUUAAUAAUAAAAAUAAAUAUAACAAUCACCUUCAACAAGAUCCUCUUGAAAGAUGUUUCAAAAACGAUGCUUUUGAAAAUGCUAACCGUCAUAUUGAUAAUCAACAUUUUGUCCAAGAAUAUAAUAAAAUAAAAAAUGAUAAUAUCUAUAGAAAGCACUCUAAGAUUGGCGAUAUGGAAAAAUAUCAAAAUUUAAUACAAAGACCUGAAAGGAUAAAAAGAAACAUUAAAGAAUUGGUUAAAAUAGAUCUGAGAAGAGAUAGUGCAUCCGAGAAACAUUCAAAAGACGAUUUGACAAAUUAUGUAAAUGAAAGAAAGACGAAGCUGAAAGACGAUGUCAGAAGAGAAUUGUUGCGUCCAUUUAAUCCAAGAACUGAUAGCGACGAAAAUGAUUUUCUUGGCUUUUUCCGACGAGAUCCUGUCAAAGGAUUUCCUGAGGGUGACAUUUUUGUGACUGCAGAGGAUUCAUUAGAGCAAAAUGAUGAAGGUUACGAUUAUGUUAAAGAUAAAGACGAUAAUAAUGGUGAUUCAAAGAAGAAUACACAACACAAUCAAAAAUCGAUAUUAGACUAUGGAAAAGAUAAUACUUGGAUUGAAGAAAUUAAAGAUGAUCACUGCGAUUACAUGCCAAAUGAAUUUUUUGAAAAUAUAAAAUCAUCUAAUAUGAAAAUAAAAGAAAACUCCAAAAAUUAUGGUGAUCUAGGAGAAGCAGAAUUUCUUUCUAAAGUACAUAAUAACAAUAAUAAUAAUAAUGAUAAUAAAAUUGCUAUUACAGAAGUUAUUCAAAAACAGCCACUUAAUGAAGAAAACAAAAGACAUAUUGAAGAAACGAGAAUUCAACGAUUAGUUCAUCACUACGAUGAUUUAAAAAAACAGGAAUAUAAUCGGGAUACACUACAAUCAGUUUUUAGAUAUCCUUCGACGUCUUUUGAUCAAUUUCUUAAAAUACCAAAUUCCAAUAUUAAUUAUCAAGAAUCAAACGUAGAAUUUAAAGGAGCGAAAUUACAGAUGGAACCAGAAUCAAAAAUUACAAAUUCUUUUUAUCUACCUUCUGAAACUUCUGUCAAAUACAAUUAUAACGAUAAUUAUCAAACUUCAAGUAUGCAUUACGAUAUAUUAAAAGAUAAAAAUGGCUUUGAUAAAAACAUAGACAGUAAUGAUAAUAUUAAUGCAAAAGCAAGUGAAUAUUCUACACCUAGUAUGUAUGCAGAACAUUCUAUUUAUAAUAAAAUUUUUCAUAAUAAAAGAAAUAAAAGAAGCAAUUGGGAAAAACUUCGAAAGCUUUUUGUUAAAGAAAUGAUUCAAGAAGAUGAAGAAAACGCAAGAGAUUAUCAUUGUAGAGUCAUUCGAGAUUCUAAUUCGCCGAAAAAAGAUAAAAAUGAUAAUAUUUCAGUUAUACCUAUAGCCAGAGUUAUAGGUACUUCUUCAGAAAACAAAAAUGUGAAUGCAAACGUAGCACAAUUCCAGAAAGAUCUUACAGAAGAAGAGUACCAAGAAAUUAUGGCAGGAGAAAUACUUUCAAGUACAAGCGACAUUGAUCCUGAUUAUGAAGAAACUGAUACAACUACGAAAUCUGUAAUCACAGAAUUAAAAACAUUGGAUCAUAAACUGAGCGAGACAACGGAAGCGAUUGAUGUAACUUCAAUAUUAGGACUGGACAAUGUUUCCAAACAAUGUCAUAAUGAGAAGAAAUCUACUACUAAUCUAUUACCUGUGGACUCAGAUUCGAAACUUUCUCCAAAUAAUAAUAAUAGUGUUAAAUAUAUCACAAAAAAAAUGUUUUUUCGUACCCUACCAGAAAUCCAAUCAGAAAACAAGACAAAAACGUAUGAUUCUCACCAAAUUAUUUCUAAAAUUUCUUCAGAAAAUAAGGAUCCUCAGGAAAAAUUUACUACCUCGACUACUAACAAUGCCCAAAAAAGAACCUUACAUAACGAAAAAAUACAAGAACUCAUCAACAAAAAGAAAAAAUCCGACAAUUCAAUCUAUUCAACAAUUACCGAAGAUCAGAAAAACAAAAAAGGGCACAACAAUAAUUAUAAAAUGGAAUUAAAGUCAACCAAUCUUCUUCAAGAAACAACAAAAGGAAUUGUCGAGCAAGUAACAACGGAAACGAUUUUAUUAAAGCGAGCAGCAAAUACUGCAAGCGAUAACAUAAAAUCGAAUGAAUCAAUAACAAAAUCAAAGUUAUUACAAAACACAGAAGAUAAUCAAAAUAGUGAAUCUGUUUGGAUGCAAUUGGGGAAAGAUGCAAACACGAGAAGAUUAAAGAAUAUACUGCAAAAUCUUCCUCGAACAUCGUUAGAAGGACUUAGCAGAUACGAAAAAAGUUUGACCAAACGCACAGAACAGAUUGAUAAGCUGAAAGAAAAAUUAUAUGCAAGACGGGAGAAAUUAUUGCAUCAAUAUCAAGAUGAGCUAACAAAAAUUGCUGACGAACAGAAAAGAAAUUUGAAGAGAAGAGAAGCAUGGGAAAGAUUUCGUGGCAAUGAUGAUUUUCAUCAAUUGAUCAAUCCAAAAUUUAUUGGAAUACUGUUAGAUAAUGAUAUUACCUACAAAGAUGACGAUGUUACCUAUAAAGAUGAUAAUGAAAGUUGUUUAAUUCUUAUCGAGUUUAUUCCUAAACAAUAUAAGAAUAUUAUAAAUGUUCUUCGAAAUUUAAUCGAUAAUGAUGAAGAACUAGCAGAAACGUCUAAAUCAUCGGAAUUCUUCGAUCGUGAAGACAAUCAAGAUUGUCAGUAUUCCUCAAAUACAAUUGAAGAUGAACAAGAAGAAUCAACAGAAACUAUUUCUACACCUUUUGAUCAAAAAGUCUUCAUAAUUGACCCUUCGACAUAUUAUGAUGGUGAACCAAUUUUACAGGAGAACAACGUAAAAUCAAAAAUUAAAUCUCAAAUUCAAUAUCCAAAAUGGACAUUAAGAGAUAUUCAUGAAGUUUUUACAAAAUUGAAAUCUAGUAAAGCCCAACAUCAAGUUUCUAAAUCACAAGAAUACAUAGAAAAAUUGCCAAUCAAGGAUUAUUAUAAUCAAGAACAUUCUAAUAGUUUACAUGUUCUAGAUAAGCAAAGACAAUACGAUCUAUCAAAAAAACUCGCAGCACUUGCACAAGAAUGGUUAAUUUCUCUUAAUCAAAGGGAUGUCAAUCAAGCUAGCAAUAAAGAAACAGAUAAAUUAAACGAUGUGCAUAAAAAUCUUAAAGCAGAUAAAGAUAAUUUGAAUUCGACAAACAAAUGA